GCAAGUCGCUGUAAACCUCGCGCCAACUCUGCCCCCCUCCCCACGUUUCUGUUUUGGCUCUAGCUGACUUCUUGCACUUGGACUUCUACUGGAUGUUGAACGUUUGUAAGAGCCAGGAUGUCUGACAGGGUGAUGCCCGACGUGACUGCAGAGUCCAUCAAGGUGAUCGCGGAGUCGGUGGGGAUUGGCCAGCUCCCUGACGAGGCGGCCUCGGCGCUGGCAGAAGACGCGACCUACCGGUUAAAACAGAUAACACAGGAGGCAGUUAAGUUUAUGCAUCAUGGGAAGAGGAGAAAACUCUCAACAGCUGACUUUGACAACGCUCUCAAGCUGAAAAAUGUGGAGCCCCUGUAUGGGUUCCAUGCGGAAGAGCACAUCCCGUUCCGGUUUGCGAGUGGCGGUGGGCGGGAGCUGCACUUCUAUGAGGAAAAAGAGGUGGAGCUUGGUGACAUCAUCAACGCUCCUCUUCCCAGGAUUCCCCUGGAUGUCAACUUAAAAGCCCACUGGUUGGCCAUUGAAGGAGUUCAGCCGUCCAUUCCUGAGAACCCACCUCCAGUCCCCAAGGAGGACCAGCAUGCAGCUGAUAGGCCACCUGGGGUCACAGCAAAGCCCUCUGGGAAGGAUGGGACCAAACCAGCUGGGAAGCCUGGCAAAGCUGAGGUCAAAGGUCUUCCAUCAGAGGUCGCAGGGGUCAAGUUGAAGCCAGUGCUGACCCAUGAACUAUCAGUUGAGCAGCAGCUAUACUACAGGGAAAUCACUGAGGCCUGUGUUGGGUCCUGUGAGUCUAGAAGAGCGGAGGCGCUUCAGAGCUUGGCCACUGAUCCUGGUCUUCAUCAGAUGAUUCCCAGGUUCAGCACAUUUGUCUGUGAAGGGGUGCGUGUGAAUGUUGUGCAGAGUAACCUCGCCCUGCUGAUUUACCUGAUGAGGAUGGUCAAGGCACUGAUGGACAACACAACCCUACAUCUGGAGAAAUAUCUGCAUGAGGUGAUCCCAGCUGUAGCCACCUGCAUCCUGAGUAAACAGCUGUGUCAGCGGCCUGACGUCGACAACCACUGGGCUCUGCGGGACUUCGCAGCCAGGCUCAUGGGCAACAUGUGCAGAAAUUUCAGCUCCAACAUCAACAACAUCCAGUCUCGUAUGACAAAGACUUACACAAAGAUUUUACAUGAUGAGCAGAGUCAUCUGGCAACAAGAUAUGGGGCCUUGGCAGGACUUGCAGAGAUGGGGCAUGAUGUGGUAAAGUCACUCCUGAUUCCUAAGCUGAAGGAAGAAGGAGAGAAAGUGAAGACGUUGAUGGAGGGACCAGUGCACAACUCUGUGGAUAAGACUGCAGCAGAACACAUACGGGCACUGCUGUUGAAACACUGUGCUCCAGUCUUAGCCAAGAUCCGACCCGGCCCCGACAACCAGGAACAGUACAAGACAGACUUCGGCUACCUGGGUCCUCUCCUGUGUGCUCACGUGGUCAAGGCUCGUCAACAACAACAACAACAACAGCUCCAAGCUACCACCACCACUGCUGCAGCUGCCAGUGUUGUACAGAGACCAACCUUACAGAUUCCACAGAAAUCAGAAUGGGGACGAGCAUCUGCAGUCCUGAGCGCGAUGGCGGCACCCCGAACUCCGACCCCCCAGGCCACCACCCCCUCCCUCCUCACCAUCUCCCGGCCCUCCACCCCUGCUAACCCCCCCUCUACCCCCACCACCCCCACCCCAGGUACCCCCAACCCUCAGACAAAAUACAUCAUUGUUUCCACGACAAAGGCGUCUACUUCUACUACCCUCCCUUCUACAAGUACCAUCUCUAGUAGCGGUUUGGCCUCGAGCAGUUCGUCGGCUGCUUCUACGAUCGUCAAAUUCGUGUCUGCGGCACAAGGAAGUGCGAGUGGGGGAAGCGAACCACGAGUCCUCGCCCAGUUACCCUCGGGACAAAAAUAUGUUGUAGUUUCAGUUCCUUCGUCAGGUCAGACCACCACUACAUCGCAGGGGAAGACACAAGCAGUGGUGGUGGUGAAAUCUGAGGGUCAGGGGUCACAAGGUCAAGGGUCGAUUGUUGGGGUGACCUCAGCAGCAGGGACUCUUGCGCAGUUAGCGACCAGUUCCAGCCAGGACGGCACAAAGGUGUCUUCUGUAUCACAAAGUGGAGCGACUUCCAAACCUAACUCAUGAUUCUUCUUAUCAGCCUAUAAGUAAUAUUGUAAAAGUACUGGGCACUCAGAAGCUAAUUAUUAAAAUAACUAACGGCAAAUAGUAGAUAUCAAGAGAGCACUGCUGCAGAUGGAAGACCAGAAUAUAAAAUAGUUUACUUUAUGUACUAGUACUCUUAGGGCAUACAGGUACAUAUAUCUGUAAACUCCUGAUAUGCAGAUAUCUGUAAACUUCUGGUAUGAGAUAUACAUAAGGUUGACUUAAAGAAAUGAUAUGAUGCUUUUCCUCUAUGGAAUUCUGAGCAAUAAUUUGAUUGCAUUUAGAGAUACAUGAAUUGUUGUGUCCUUGCAAAUGCUUUGCUUUUUUCAUAGAAAGAACACUUAUUAGUGUGAAGACAUAAAAUACUCUUGCUGUAAAAAGUCUGUAAAAGUAAAGUGUACUAACCAGGUUUUCUGUAUUUCAUACUUUUGUUCUUGUUACAGUUGAAUAUAUACAGUACAAAGAUAAUCC